AUGCACCUUCAACGUAGUGAUGGCUCUCCAGAAACCCUUUCAUUGCUUCUGCUGUUGUUGCUGACCCUGCUGGGGUUGGGGUUCGUACAGCCCUCCUAUGGCCAGUUCAUGUACCAACCAUUACAGCAACAACACGUGGACUCUACACAGAGAGGUGGCACCAGCUUAUACCGCAACACAAUGAUGCAAAGACAGGGGAUGACUAGGCUUAGGUGCAAGCAAUUCAACACCUUCAUCCACGAAAACAUUGGUGCCAUUAACAACAUCUGCAGGACCCCCAAUAUCCAGUGCAGGAAUGGCAAGGAGAACUGCCAUGAGGGUGUAGUAAGAGUCACAGGCUGCAGGCUUACAGCAAGUUUCCUGGUAAACUGCAGAUAUCAGGGCAGGGGCAGCUCUAGGCAUGUUGUCAUUGCCUGUGAGGGUAACCCCCAGGUGCCUGUGCACUUUGACGGAUAGAUACUACCCUGAAGGGGUUAUGGCCCCGUGGUUGACCUUCUACUUAUUCCUUGAAUAGCAAUGAGUAAUGCAUUUGUGCUGUCUCAGGCUCUGCCUCCUCUGCUU